CAGACCCUGAGGAACAAGUUCGGCAUCAAGGUUGUUUCCAGAAGCAAGAUGUAAAGUGUCUGGAUGAGCCAUAUAAAUGCCUUUUGUUUUGAAGAAAUAGAUUGAAGUGAUUUUCACGGACGUACAUCAGUGAGAAACAUGGCCGGUCAAGGACAAAUAUUAAAGUACUGCAUAGGAAUUGUUAUGGCUGUCCUGCUGACCCAUGAAUGUGUUGUGGAAACACUUGAUUUACCAGAAACAAGUAUAGAUUUAGAGUUAAGCUACAUAGAUGGGCAACUGCGUCACAGAAUACCAAGAAGCGCAGAUUCGGAGCUGUUGGAGUUCAUUGUGGUUAUUGAGGUGAAUGCAUCUCAAGCUGUGGUGAUUGAACAGAUCAGAGCGUCGUUGGCCUCCAUCACGUUUCCUCUUCAACUGGACAACAGCACUGAAGUUACUGCUGCAAACAUUACAACAGUGUGCCAACCAAAUGAGUCUGAAUACCAGUGCGUUUGUGAAGAUGGAUAUGCAUGGUCAUACAACAACUGCCAGACAUAUGUGCCCUGUGGUGACAUCCGUUUUGGCUCAUGUGGAUGUAUCAAUGGUGUUCCCAGUGAUGGAGAGAUGUGUGUGCUGGAGAGUGAACUGCCCUUCACAGACUUCUUGUUUGAAAUUGAGUUGGAAUCCACAAGCAUCUCUGUGAUCGAUGAGAUGAGGCGAUUUCUGCAGAAUAUCAACCUUCCACUUCAAUUAGAUGAGGUGGUUGAAGUUUUAGAUGUGGACAUCACGACAGUCUGCAAUUUCAAUGACAGUGGAUACAAGUGUGUAUGUGAGGACCAGUAUCUCUGGCCAUGUGAAAAAUGCAAAGAAUAUGGGAGCUGUGACGGCAUCACUAACAACACAUGCAGCUGCAUCAAUGAUAUUCCAAGUGACAGACAGUUCUGUCAAACAGUCAGCGAGAUAACAAACUGCGGGCAACAACCAUCAGUUCCUGUCGAAUAUCUAACUGAAAUUCAGAUAGAUGCAGAGAAUCCUGCAAUCAUUGAUCUGUUGAGGCAACGUCUGAUGUUUUUCAGUUUGCCCUACACAAUCAGUGACAGCACUAACAUUACAGAAAUCAACAUAACUACUGUGUGUUCUCUGAAUGAAACUCAGUAUCAGUGUAAGUGUGAGGGUCUGUUUGUUUGGCCGAAUGACACGUGUCACUCAUACGAGGCCUGUGAUGUCAUCACUGAUGGUUCAUGUACAUGUAUCAAUGCUCUUCCAAUCGACGGACAGUUCUGCCAGUUAAAAGAAGUGCAACCUUCUGACUACGUGAUUGACCUUGAUGUGAGAUUCUUUGACUUGUUCCUGAUAAGCAACUUACGAAAUCUCUUCACAAACAUCAGCCUUCCUCUCACUUUGAGCAACAGCAUAAAUAUCACAGAUAUCGACGUGACUACUGUGUGUGGGUUAAAUGGAACAGAAUAUGAGUGCAACUGUGAGCAGAAUCAUGUUUGGCCCAGUGACACCUGCAGGGCCUAUCAGGUGUGUGAUAGCAUUGUGGGAGGCACUUGUGGAUGUAUUCAAGCUCUUCCUUCAGAGGGGCCACUUUGCCAAAGAGACAUCAAUGAAUGUGAAGAUGCAGUGUCAGUGUGUGGUCAAUACUCCGAUUGUAUUAACAUCAUUGGGAGUCACAUGUGUUCAUGCUGGAGUGGAUUUAAUACCUUCAAUAAAGACAGUCCUGUGAGCCGCAACAACUCAUGUCAAGAUAUCAAUGAAUGUCUGUUCAGUCCAUCUGUAUGUGGUCCAAAUUCAAUCUGCACAAAUCAGCUGGGAAGUUACAAUUGCUCAUGUCUGGAUGGAUUCACUGCAACAGUUUCAAGUUUCCCCAUCAGCAACGAUAACACAUGUACAGAUGUGCAUGAAUGUCUUAAUACAUUGGAGGUCUGUGGUCCAAACUCUUAUUGCACGAACUCAAUUGGGGGUUACAACUGUUCCUGCUUGAGUGGAUUUACUGUAACAGAAAGCAGUGAACCAGUCAGCACCAGUAACCCAUGCAAUGUGACUCUCCCUUUGACUGAGUAUCUGAUUGAAAUCCAGAUCAAUAGCAUGGACAGUAGCAUCACUGAUCAGCUGAGGAACCUUCUGAUGUUUUUCAGUUUGCCCUACACAAUCAGUGACAGCACUAACAUUACAGAAAUCAACAUAACUACUGUGUGUUCUCUGAAUGAAACUCAGUAUCAGUGUAAGUGUGAGGGUCUGUUUGUUUGGCCGAAUGACACGUGUCACUCAUACGAGGCCUGUGAUGACAUCACUGAUGGUUCAUGUACAUGUAUCAAUGCUCUUCCAAUCGACGGACAGUUCUGCCAAGUUCUACCUUCUAAGUACGUGAUUGACAUUGAUGUGAGAUUCUUUGACUCGUUCCUGGUGGGACUACUUACAGAAUAUCGUCAGAAAUAUCAACCUGCCUUUGACUCUGAGAAACAGCAUUAA